CGCGCUCUUCUGAGCCCGCCCCUCGACGCGCAGGAAAAGGACGUGUUUUUACUUCGUGUGCUCAUUGAAAGAAAUGGCUGGUAUCAAGCGUAAAUGCGUUUUUGGCUGUGCAAGUCCCAGGAGUUUGUUCAGUCUUCCCAAAUCAGAGUGUGUGCGACAGGAAUGGUUAGAAUUCAUUUAUGGAAAAGCCGCCCCAGCCGGACAGGUUUUACUUUGCGACCGUCACUUUACUGACGACUGCUUUGCUAACCUCGGCCAGUGCCGGAGUGGAAUGUCGAGGAGGCUGUGUCUGGAAAAAAACGCGAUCCCCACAAUAAUUUUUCCUGAUUCACCGACCAGUGCUAGCACAUCACUGGUCUCAUCCAGCCAAACUGGACAUGGUGAAUAUUAUCCAUCUUCAUCAUUGUCCACUUCUGUGAGAUCUGUUGCUGUGCAAACCUCCACAUCUGUGUCAUACAGAACGGUGGCAACGCAGUUAUCUGCUAGCACCCUGAAAUGCCAUGUGAGAAGUAAAGGUGUCCAGGCAGCAGCAGCUACAGCAGAAAAAUGCACAGACACUCAACAAGAUUGCUUUGGUAUAUUUUCAACACCUAUUGAAGGCUCAGCACCUGAAUUUGGUUCUCAACCAAUGAAGAGGCCACGCCUAAAGGAGGAAGAACAGGAAGAACUGAAGGAAGAGGAGGAGGAUGUGGAGAUUUCUGAAAUCGUGCUUACGGAUGACUUUAAAUAUGAACCUGGGGCAUCAACUUCGGCCGCAUCAAUUACAGAAACUUCUGUCCAGGCAGCAGCAACUACAGCAGAAAAAAACACAGAGACUCAACAACACUGGCUUGAUAUAUUUUCAACACCUGUUGAAGGCUCAGCACCUGAAUUUGGUUCUAGACCAAUGAAGAGGCCACGCCUGAAGGAGGAAGAACUGAAGGAAGAGGAGGAGGAUGUGGAGAUUUCUGAAAUCAUGAUUACGGAUGACUUUAAAUAUGAACCUGGGGCAUCAACUUCAGCCGCGUCUACGUCGGCCGCAUCAAUUACAGAAACUUCUGUUGCGAUGUUUUCUGUACACGAUUUACACUUUUAAUAAAUGC